ACAAAUGAGCCCAGUUCUGUUCGAUUCGUUUCUUCGUUUUCGAAAUAUUCUUGCUCGUCAGUCGUCACCUUUGAGACUUGCGAGGCUUUCCAUAUUAACGAGGAGAAAACGAAACGAAACGAAACCCAGUUCUGCAAUUGUUUUCUUCUCACACUACCAAGAGAUUUCAAGAAUAUGCAGAACCGAUAGAUUCAAAUCCUCUUAACAUAUACACAUUCUCUUCUUCUUCUUCUUCGAUUGGAUCAUAGUUUCAUGAAGCCAUGAAAGGCAUCAACAACCCAGAAAUCCUUAAGACUUCAUUCUUCAUAAAACUCUCAGCUUUUGCUCUCAUCUCCUUCGCUUUGUUCUAUUUCGGAAGACACUACUCCGAUGGCUACGACCAACUCUUCUUCUACAACUCCCGCCAAGAAGACCCAGUUGAUGUUCAGUCCCCAUCUGUUGCCAUCUCCCCAAACGCCCACAAAGCUUCCAACCUCGACUCUCUCACACCCAAUCAAACACUAACCACAACGAAUUCUCCUCCUCCUCCUCCUCCGCCGCCGCCGACAUUGCCGCCACCGCCACCGCAAGCGAGGGUGCAAAGAACGGGGAUUCUGGACGAGAACGGGAGGAUGUCCGAGGAGUUUGAGGUGGGGGAGUUUGAUCCGGAGUUGAUUGAGAGUUGGGGGAGUCUGAGUCGAAAUGAGGGAAAAGCAGACGGUGGGGAAGGUAAGGUUAGGCUUAAGGUGAAGAGAUUUGAGCUGUGCUCAGAGAGUAUGAGAGAGUAUAUACCUUGCUUGGAUAACGUGGAGGAGAUUCAGAAGCUGAAGUCGACGGAGAGAGGGGAGAAGUAUGAGCGGCAUUGUCCUGGGAAGGGAAAAGGCUUGAAUUGCUUGGUCCCAGCGCCUAAGGAUUACAAGGCUCCAUUACCAUGGCCAAAAAGCAGAGACAAGGUUUGGUCCAACAAUGUACCAUAUACACAUUUGGUUGAAGACAAAGGGGGUCAGAAUUGGAUAUCAAGAGAGAAAGAUAAAUAUAAAUUUCUAGGAGGUGCAACCCAGUUUAUCCAUGGGGCAGACCAAUACUUGGAUCAGAUUUUGAAGAUGGUUCCUAAUAUAGCAUUUGGUCAUCAUACCCAAAUUGCCUUGGAUGUGGAUUGUGGAGUAGCUAGUUUUGGUGCCUUUCUUCUUGCACAUAAUGUAAAUACUCUAUCCAUAGCACCAAAAGAUGUUCAUGAGAACCAGAUUCAGUUUGCUCUAGAGCGUGGUGUGCCUGCUAUGGUAGCAACCUUUGCAACCCAGCGUUUAUUAUAUCCAAGCCAGGCUUUUGACUUGAUACACUGUUCAAUGUGUAGAAUUAAUUGGACCCAAGAUGAUGGUAUUUUGCUCCUUGAGGUCAACAGGAUGCUAAGAGCUGGAGGAUACUUUGUUUGGGCAGCAGAACCUGUUUAUAAACAUGAUGAGAACCUACAAGAACAAUGGAAAGAUAUGGAAGAACUUACUUUACGCCUUUGUUGGGAACUUGUGAAAAAGGAGGGAUAUAUUGCCAUAUGGAGGAAGCCUUUAAACAACAGCUGCUACAUCAAUCGCGGCGCUGGAGCCCAACCUCCACUAUGUGAUCUCAGUGACAACCCUGACAAUGUUUGGUAUGUUGGUCUUAAAGCAUGUAUAACCCGACUACCUGAGAACGGGUAUGGAGCUAAUAUUACUGCAUGGCCUGCUCGCCUGCAUAAUCCCCCAGAUAGGCUCCAGAGCAUAGAAAUUGAUGCUUAUAUAUCCAGAAAGGAGCUCUUUAAGGCUGAAUCAAGAUAUUGGUAUGAAGUAAUAGAAAGCUAUAUCCGUGCUUUCCAUUGGAAGAAGUUAAAGCUACGGAAUGUGAUGGACAUGCGGGCUGGGUUUGGAGGGUUUGCAGCAGCAUUACAUGAUCUAGAGAUUGAUUGUUGGGUGAUGAAUGUUGUCCCUGUUAGUGGGCCCAAUACCUUGCCUGUUAUAUAUGACCGUGGACUCAUAGGAGUAAUGCAUGACUGGUGUGAACCUUUUGAUACAUAUCCAAGAACUUACGACCUGUUACAUGCAUGGGGUCUUUUCUCCACCGAACAGAAAAGAUGCAACAUCUCAACUAUCAUGCUCGAAAUGGAUCGAAUGCUAAGACCAGGUGGGCGUGUUUACAUUCGUGACUUAAGAUCUGUUGUUGAUGAACUUAAAGAGAUUGCGACAGCCAUGGGUUGGCAUGUGGUAAUAUAUGACACAGCCGAGGGACCUCAUGCUAGCUGGAGGAUCUUGAUGUGUGAGAAACAGUUGAAUGCUUGAAUUGGUGAAAAUGGAGCAAAACAAGCUAGACUUUUGCUUCUCAUUUGUUCUCUUUGCAGAAUGCAUUACUUAACCUUGUAGAGAGUCUAAGGAUGAUGGAUCUGCAACAACUGAUGGAUAGUAAAAGAUGGAUAGUUCAAAUCUCUUUGCAGUUGAGUUGUUCCCAACUAAGUAUCGUUUAAAUUUUGCUGUUGUAAUUUAUGUUCUGUAUAUUAAUGGGGACUGGCUUUCAGAAUAAUUUAGUUACUCCUGGUCACCUUGGGAGUAACAAAAAAAAAUAUGUAGCUUUGAAACCAAAGUAUAACUUGGUCACCUACAAGUUGGUAGACUCUAGCAUGAAACUUCCAGUUAUGGACAUUUAUAUUAAGUGUCAAGGAAUGAGAUAAACAAUGCACUUGCUGUUAUUGGCUGUUUCA